AUGGAUCCCCUGGACGAGAAUCCAGUUGGUUCAUUUUACGAUUUCAUGGUCCCAUAUCCGGCGGCUUACCUCAACAACAUGUCCAACCGAGAACUGUACGGCUGGUUGAUGUUCGAGAUGCGCUUUGACGUACUGGUGGCUGAUCCGCAGAACGUGUCUGACGAACUCAAGGCCAGAGCAAGCGCCAUUAGCAUUGACCGUCUUCCGGCGGGCGACCCCACCACAUGGGUUCUUCCAGCAGACACCCAGGGGCUCGAACGACUGAAAAGCAUUGUCAAAGAGCAACUUGACUGCCAUUAUCAACUGAGGGAAGACGGAUGCGUGCCCUGGUUUGACAGCUCGCAAAUCCAGCAUGUCGUCUACAAGACCAAAGCCCAGCCGAGCAUCACCGAGCUCUGGCGGGGCAAAUACGACGACGGCAGCCGUGUUCUGUCCAAGCAGCUGCGGUUAUGGAACAAGUUUCGCCUCUGGCAGACGCGGCGCCGCCAGCAAACACCUAUCACGCUCCUCCAGGAAGAAUCGCGUAGUCGCCUGGUGGAACUCGGAAUCGGGGGCCAUCUCUCCUUACUCAAGCUGCAGCCAAAGCAAUCCACACAAACUGAGGCAACGACAUUGCUGGAAUAUCUCGACUUCAUUGACCGGUAUUACGCGUCGAGCCAUGCCCUUGUGCAGAGCUGCGAGAAAGGCCUCCGCGAAAACUGCGUUUGUGAACGGAACGUUCCUCCCAACAGGGGGCGACACUCGAAGAAGACGAGAAAAGGCCGUGCCGCAGGGGCUCCAAAGGGUCGAUCAUGUGUGGGCAAGUGCAAAGAGCGCGCCGUGGCCAAUCUGGAAAACGCAAAACGCACGCUUGAGCUUCGCAAUGCUAUUUGGGGUCGGACUGUGAAUCAACUGAACGAAUGUAACCCCGACACCGUCGAAUAUCGGUAUCCGGCGGCUCCACUCGAGACGGAAAUUAAGACCGAGGAUGCUGGCUCAGCUGUGCUUCCAACACGCCCUGAACAGGACCUGGAUGUGGAAAAAUAG